GUUUUUAAUGACCAACAAGUUCUAUGGAGGCUCGGCUAGAAAUUGGUCCACUUUAGAUUCAGUUGAGAUUAUACAAGAUGGAGGAAAGUUUGCUAAAUUUAAUGUUUCUGUCAUCUCUGCUCCUGCAGAGUAUUCAUUUCACUGUCAGCUGGUGGGAACAAGCAAUCUCUAUCCUGCAAGGCUGAUUCCAUCCAACAAUGAGGCAAAAAACUGGGAUGUUUUCAUUUCCAGGUUUCAGAUUCAAGGCUUCAACAUUGAGAACAACCAGUUUUCCUAUGCAAGUGACUGUACAGGUUUCUUCACUCCUGGAAUAUGGAUGGGGUUGGUGACAUCCAUAGUUUUACUGUGGAUCCUGGCCUAUGGAAUCCAUAUGAUCAUGCAACUCACGACAAACAGCAGAUUUGAUGAUCCUAAAGGUUCAGCUCUGUCAGUUCCUCAGACAGAAUAGCCAUGGAUUGACACAAUGCUGCUGUGGCUUUUCCUGAUCUGAUAUUUAUGAUUUUUAUAACCUUUCUACUUCAU